ACCACAUAUGUAGAGAUUUUAUAGAGAUAAAUAACUUAAAAAUUACAAAUCUAAAUCUUUCAAAAAUUCAACAUAUCUAUACUGAUCUGUAUGAAAUACACGAGAUAAACGAUUCAGUCAUAUUAAAUAUUUUUAUAUGAUAAAUAUAAUUUGUUUUUGAAGCAAUUAAAUAUCCGUCACAUAUCCGUGUGCAUCAUACAGUAGACAAGUAUAUAGUCAUGAAACGUUAUAGAUAGAUAGUAUACGCUUCCGUUAUAGAUAGAUAGUAUGCUUGACAUCGGAGUACGUAUAUUCCAUGCAUUGCUAACGUGUACAAAGAAAAUCAAAGCCCUCAGUAUUAUAAUAAAUUAGAAACAAUGGGCUUUAUCCAAUCUCGAGUAACAAGCGAGUAUUUUUUCUACACAUGCCUAAUAAGCUAUUUUCUUUUAUCCACGGUGUUAGGUGAAAGUGAACCUAUAUAUGAUGGUAGAUUUCAAAUGAUAAUGACGUCUAUGAAACCUGAGAAUGCAAUGCCGUCGCAGGCCAAGGAUCUUGGUUUUUUACAUGCAUUUAUAGCUUCUUUAUCUGUUAUUGUUGUUUCUGAACUGGGAGACAAAACUUUCUUCAUCGCUGCUAUCAUGGCAAUGAAACAUCCAAGAUUGACAGUUUUCGUAGGAGCGAUUAGUGCUUUAGCACUGAUGACUCUUCUGUCAGUCAUUUUUGGAUACGCUGCAACCAUAAUUCCUAGCGUUUAUACAUACUAUAUUUCUACUGCACUUUUUGCUUUAUUUGGUUUGAAAAUGCUAAGGGAUGGCUAUAAGAUGUCUACAAGUGAAGGGCAAGAAGAAUUAGAGGAAGUGCAAUCUGAUUUAAGGAAACGAGAGGACGAGUAUGAAAAAGAAACUGGAAGCACUUUAGUACAAGAUCCAGAAACUGGUGUUGUACGGAAAGCAACAAAAAUUAGUGCAGUGAUGCUCCUCUCUAGGAUAUUCCUUCAAGCAUUUACAUUAACAUUUCUUGCAGAAUGGGGUGAUCGCUCACAACUUACCACUAUCAUACUUGCAGCAAGAGAAGAUGUUUAUGGAGUUGCAAUAGGAGGAAUAUUAGGACAUUCAUUUUGUACAGGAUUGGCAGUAUUAGGGGGGAGAAUGAUAGCUCAGAAAAUUUCAGUACGAACAGUGACCAUAAUUGGUGGAAUGGUAUUUCUACUAUUUGCCUUGACAGCACUUUUUAUAAAACCUACAGACAACCUAUAAAAACAAUGUACAGUAUUCAUAUAUAUAUAUACAUACCUAUAUGUCAUAAAAUAUAUUUUGUUAUAAGACAAUGUACAUAUUUUUCAUAUACUGUUAGUAAGUAAUAGUAAAAAUCAUAAUGUACGCUAAAUUUUUGUCUAAAGAGUACUUAUGUAUAUAAUAUGUACAUUAUGCUUGAAAUUAUAUUGAUAUAAAUAAUUACUCCAUGUGUGAAUAAAAUUAUCAUGAGAUUAAAGGAUACUACAUAGUAAGCAUUAAACAACAAUAUAUAGUGUAAAAAUAAUAAGUGGUAAUAUUAUAAGUUAUUUUAUUGAAUAUUUUAAAUUAGAAUAUAUACAAUCUACUUACACUACAUAAAUUCUUCCAGAAAUUUUUAAAGAUAUAUUAAAUUACUAUUAUUACUAUUCGUUACUUCACUAAUGCUACAUUAUUGAAAAAUUAACAUAUUAAAUCUAUAUUCAUAUACCGGGAUUAUUAAUAUGGAGAGACAUGCUGUUUAUCUGUUUUUAAUGGUAUGAUUGAGUUUUAAUCAAUUAAACAAUAGAGACAUGUAAUACUUCGUUUAUAAAUAUAGAAUUAACGAUAUAUAUAUUUAUAUUAAUGAGUGAAUUUAUUUUAAGAGAAGUAACAGAAUAUAAAUCGGUUGCGUGUAAAAUCAGUCUAAAGAGAGCAUAAUACUAGUAUCUUAUAGCUUAAUUACCGUUUUCAAAUAUCAAUAAAUACGAAUAAUGUAACAUGUUCGCAAUUAUUUUAAGAGUUUUAACACAAACUUCCGGUAAUUAGCGUUAUAACACAUGUAGUUAUUGAGAAAAUCAAGACAAAUGCUACAGUUAAUUUUCCACUGAACAACGUAAUACGUACAGUAGGUACAAGAUUAUUCUUCAUGAUCUAUGUACUAUUUACUUCAUAUGUAUUGUAUGUAUUAUUGGUUCUUAAUCCAGUUAUUUAAGCACUGCAAUCCUGUAAAAUAUAAUUUAUCUGUUCAUAUAGACAAUAAAUAUAUAAAUAUACAUCAUUUUUUUUUAUAAAAAAUUAA